AAAUCGAGGGGAAUCACAAUUACAGUCACAGUUACAAUCCACAAAUCUAUACUAUGGAAGACGGUGUAACCGAAAUUGAUCAGAGUUUGGUUCCACCUCUGAAUCGGAGUCCAGAAGAUGGAUCCAAUAGAGAACACGAUGACGAGGCUAACAACAAUGGCGGUGAAGAUGCUAAAGAAGAAGAAGGUAAAGGUGGCGGAGUAAUUAGUAACUUGAUCUCUACACUGGUGUCACCCUUGAGCACUCCAAGAACAGGAAAAUCAGGACAUGAAAGCGAGAAAGGGAUGUUCAACUCUGAGGAAGGUGAAGGUGCUGGUUCUGAAGAAGGAAAUAAUGGUGGAGAUGGAGGAGGAAUCAUAAGCAAUAUUGUUUCGAAUUUGUUUCAUAAUCAUCAGAGUGAAGGUGGUGUGGCGGUGGAGAAUGCGAAGAAGGAGGAGAAAGAGAGAGAAGGAGAAGAAGAUGACGAGGAGGUGAACAAGAAUAAGCGUGCGAAGAUUGGGGAUGAUGAUAAUGGCGGCGGUGGAAGCAUCGUUCAUGACAUUGUUUCACAUUUUCCUCCAUCACUCCCAGCAGAGGGUGCGGUUCCUACGGCAGACGAGGCGUCUAUUUUGAUUAACUCUCUGGUUCGUGACUAGCCAAAUUAUUGCUUCAAUUUGGCACCAAGCUGCAACCAAACAAGCAGGAUUCUUUCAAUUUUCAAUGUACUCUGUUUUGUGUUUAUUUAGCGUUUUCUUUUUAAUUUAAUUUUGAGGGAGUCUGUUUUGUUAAUUUUGGUAAGAUUCUUGUUGAGUAUAUAUAUGGAUAUGGACUAUGCGGCAGAAAUCCAUAUAUUUGAAGCUGGGCUUGUUGCAUUGUUGCUGGGAAAUUUUCAGUGGCGUGUACAGUUGUAUUGUUGUUCUUGAAGAUGAUGAACAUGGCUAACUUUUUCUAGUGGAUCCUCACGCCUUUA